GUGAUCAUGGCGUCGUCUGCAAGUGUUUUUGUUGAUUCUGUGAAGUUUACAACUGUUGUUAUUUGUAUUAUCCAUGUUUUAACCGUGACUUGUUCACCAGAAGUAUGUAGUUCCAAGAAAAAAGAAACAUGCAAGGAGGCUAAGGAUACUGACUGUGGCUGUAAGGCAAAUCGCGAACACACAGAAAAACAACCAAAAGCGGAGCCAGGUGACAAUUCCCACAGUAAGAAAUACCACCCACUUAUCAGUGUUCAAAGUCCGUACGCCAGAACAAAUGAGAUGGUAUAUAUUCCAGGUGGUACAUUUCAAAUGGGAACAGACAAUCCUGUGUUUGUUGCAGAUGGCGAAGGACCAGCACGGAAAGUAACAGUUGAUUCGUUCUAUAUGGACAAAUAUGAAGUCAGCAAUUCUGAAUUUGAAUAUUUUGUCAACCAGACUGGAUAUAAAACUGAGGCAGAAAAGUUUGGUAAUUCAUUUGUGAUGGAAAAAUACCUGAGUGAAGAUGCACUGAAAAACAUUACACAGGCAGUAGCUGCAGCUCCAUGGUGGUUACCUGUUAAUGGUGCCGACUGGAAACACCCACAAGGUCUAGAUUCAUCAAUCAAAGAAAGAAUGGAUCAUCCUGUUCUUCAUGUUUCUUGGAAUGAUGCUGUAGCAUUUUGCAAGUGGGCGAGGAAACGCCUACCUACAGAGGCCGAGUUUGAGUUUGCUUGUAAAGGAGGCUUGGAAGGCAGACUGUAUCCAUGGGGUAACAAGAUGAUGCCCAAAGAAAAGCACUGGAUGAACAUAUGGCAAGGAGAGUUCCCUAAGGAAAACACAGCUGAAGAUGGAUAUUUCAUGACAAGUCCUGUGACGUCAUUUCCAGAUCAAAACAAGUUUGGACUGAAGAACAUAGUUGGUAAUGCCUGGGAAUGGACGUCUGAUUGGUGGCAGGUGAAAUUCACCCGGAAACCACUUGAUAAUCCUAAAGGACCUGCAACUGGUACAGAUAAAGUUAAGAAAGGUGGUUCUUACCAGUGUCAUAAAUCUUAUUGUUAUCGGUACCGGUGUGAUGCGAGAAGUCAAAACACACCAGACAGUUCCUCAGCCAACCUAGGUUUUAGAUGUGCUGCUGACAAACUGCCAAAAUAUCUAGAGCAUCAGGAUACAUAAAACAGUAGUUGUCUCCCCUUGUGUAUCAUUUUCUUUCAACUUCAUUUUUCCAUUCUUUCAUAUCUGGAUCUCUUGGUGGUGCUUUUGUCAAGUCUUACAGUUGCCAACUAUAUCAGUUAUGUGUGAUAUCUGUGUUUUGGUGAAAACAUUCAAUAUACCUAGACCACUUGGUUAUGGGCAGAUGUAGAGCUUUUCGAGGGAGAAGGUGCAACAUUUAAAAAGGGGAGGUAUGGUAUUCAGAGAGAGGAUGCAAGGUUUAAAAGAAUAAUUACAGUAUUGAAAGGUUGCUAACAUAUCUUAUUUUUAUGGUAAGCUUCCUCAGAAAUAUCAAGCUGACGAAGAUAAUUGCAAGUUCCCCACUAAAAAACAAAAAAUGCAUUGUAUUCAUCUGCUAACUGUAUCAUUCAAUUUUGGGGGGGCUCUUUGAAUCACUGGCUAGCACCCUCUCCUUGGAUCUGCUCCUGAUGUAAAUUUGGCAUAAAUUGUCAUAUUUGUUGUUAUAUAGAGUAUAUAGGAUAUCCUUCUUCAGCAAGUAAAUAAUUAUUCAGUUUACACUUAACUUGUAAUUCAAUUGAUAAUAAGUCCUAUGUUCCACUAAAGAGAUGAAUUCUAUUUCAGUUUCUAAAGUUGGGCAUCAUUUUCUGUUACUCUUCAAGGAAUUGUCAUCUCAAGUGAAAAUGUGAAAACAAACUUUUAAAGGAUAAACUUUUUGAAUAGGAUGAUUCGUAAAGCCCAUAUCUGUUUCAAACACUGCUGACUGAACAAGUUGGUCUCUGCCAUAAGUCAGUUCCAUCACUAUAGCAAGUUUCCAUAUUAAUCAAUAUCUAUACUGACACAAUGAAAACGCAAAACAGAUAUUUUUCAAUAUUUUGUUGUGAUU